AUGGAUUGCUUGCGGGACAAGUUUGUUCAAGGACAGUUGUUGGAUGGUCGAUUCCUCACGGUCACCCCGCUCAACCAUGGUUCCUUUGGAAUGGUCUUCCUCGCCAAGGACACCUUGACCGGAGAACAAGUUGCUAUCAAAUGCUUGACCAAACAGGCUUCAUCAGAUUCUUCCGAUCUGACCGUCGACGAACGUUCCGAGGAGAUGGAGUGCCAUGCUCGUCUCGGCUUCCACCCGAACAUUGUCAAUAUGACCCACUCCUUUGAAACCAGGUCACAUAUUUUCUUGGUACUUGAGUACUGUUCGAUGGGUGAUUUGUACGAAGCUAUCAGGGUUGAUCGUGGUCCCUUGGAAACCGAACAUGUCCGUGACUUUAUGCUACAACUCAUUGGCGCUGUGGAGUACAUGCAUUCCAAGGGAUUGUAUCACCGUGAUAUUAAGCCCGAGAAUAUCUUCCUGUGCCAGGAUGGCUCAAUGAAGCUGGGUGACUUUGGACUUGCGACGCGUGCCAAUUGGUCUUUUGAGGCGUGCGUGGGAAGUGAUCGGUAUAUGGCUCCUGAACAAUACGAGCCAACUGCAGCCGGGUAUUCCCCUGGUCAGGCCGACAUUUGGGCCAUCGGAAUUUGCCUUUUGAACAUUUUGUUCUCGAGGAACCCUUUUGUUACGCCAACUGAGUCCGACGUUCUCUUCGCCGACUAUGCUCGUGAUCGCCAGUCGCUCUUUGAUGUCUUCCCCAAUAUGUCUCAGGAUACUUUUGAGAUUUUGACUCAUUCUUUGGCCAUUGAUCCGAAAAAGCGAUCUCUUUCUGCGAUGCGCGAGGCCAUUGUUCGUGCUGUCUCCUUCACAAUCGACGACGAGACUCUGGACGACUAUUGCACCGAAGACCGGAAUGUUGUCCCCGCAAGCGGCUAUCGUGAACCCCUUCGCACGCCAUCAAUCCAGAGUCCUCAGAUCAACCAAGGCGAUUCUUUUCCAUGGGCAAAAGCUCUUCAGUCCACUCCCCAACAAGCUGUUCGUCAGUUGUCCGCAAUUCCCGACUCUGAAGUCUACACGGAAGACCUUUUUGCAACAUCGGCAGGCGAAGGCAUGUCAUGGUACACGGGCAAUCACGGCUCGGCGUCUAUGGUAUCCACCUUUGAUUCGAACUUUGGACCAUCAUUCAAAUCUAUGGCAUUGCCCAAGGAUCGCUAUAGACAGUUCGACAAAGCUCCUAUCAGUGGCUCUUUGCCGGAACCUGUUGGUGUUCCCAUUCCUUCCAUGUCCAUCGUGUUUGGUAAGGGUAAUGACGAGCAAGUAUCCAAGAGUUGGAGUGAUCUCUGGGAUGAAGAUCAAAUGGAGAAUGAGGCCCUUGAACUUCACAACCGUCAGGCUCACAAUGCGCGUACUUGGAGUCAGGAGAGCAAGGAAGAUGAGCUUGGAAAAUCUGGGUUGACAGAGAUCGACCCUACUUCUUCCGCUCUCAACUCGCGUUCGAUGAUCCCGAACGGUCAAGCCAAGAGCGUUCCAAUCCCCAGGAAGGCCGAAAAUUUCCGUGGCAACGAUUCUCCUUGCCCUGGCAGUUUCACUCCUUCUAAGUACGCUCCAAAGCAAACGAUCAUGGACAAGUGGGCAGCCUUGGGCCAGAAGAGACGCAACUACCACCCGAAAGAGCAGCAACCUCUCCAGUGGAAGGCGAAGCAGAUUGUCAACCGCAACUGGCGCAAGGAUGCGGGACGCAACUCGUUCGGAUCCGAGAAUGAGCCUUGGAUUCGCAAGGGAAGCAGCCCGAAACACAACCGAAUCCGUCAAAACCAGCAUCCACAGUCGCAUUUGCUGAGCAAAGACUGGCGCCACGACCCCUUCCAGACGAUCAAGCCGAAAAAGGACUCCUGCCCAUUUUCACUUCAUGAUAGCUAUCCCGAUGAUGAAUUUGAUUUUAUUGGUGGAUGGCAGGAUCUUCAUAUAUAA